AUGAGCAAGGACGUCGAAAUCAAUCCAUACAUUAAUUAUCCUGUCGAUAAAAAGUCUCGUCAGGUUGUGAACAAAGAAAUUCCGGUUGCACAAAUUGGACGCACACAGCUCAAAGGGGCUGAUCCGUUCAAUGAAGCAACAGCAAAUGGUUUAUUGGAGAAGCACCUUAAAGGCAAGAAGAAAAAGCCAGAACCAGUUCUAUUUUUGGUUGAUCGGAUGAGAUUCAAAAAGAAGGGUAAUCGUGAAUAUUUGAGUUACAGAGAAAUACAAAAUUUUCAACGAUUUCCGAACCAUCCAGAGCUGUUCAUGCUUUAUGUAGUUGAAGAAAAGAAUGGCAAGCGAAGCUACGAAACAUACACCUGUAACAAUCCAUCUGAUGUACAGGCUAUUCGAGAUAUGAUCAACGCAGCAAACAAUGAUCCAAAACGAUUGCUUCAAGAUGUUGGUCCGACCAGACUGCUGUCGAUCUCAUCUUCCUCGAGUUCCGAGUAUUAUAUCGAUACCCGAUCAUAUAGUAGAGCAUCGCGUCCAACAUCGGUCCAGUACGUGCAACAAGAACCCGCCCAGUACGUUUACAUGAUGGAGCCGGAAACUCAAGUCGUCUACCAGAAGACCAGUACCCGUCCCGUAAGUAUUGCAUCCAGAUCUUCUGCACCCGCCGGAGAAGUAACUUAUUUGAGAUCAGAUAACAUUAACGGACCGCAAAUAAUGGAUCACGGGCCAGUUUACAUGUACGUGUCUCGAUCGAAACAAAGUUUAGGUCGCGACAACUACUCACCCGAAUACUCACGUCGAACCUACUACUGA